CCAAUAAACCUUAAAGAAGAAGAAGAAGAAGAAGAAUAGGAAAGAGAUGUAUGUGUAUGUGUUUUGUUUGUUUUCUUUAACUAAACUGUGAUUGUUUUUAACGCAAUGCUAGCUUAAUAGUCAUUAGGAUAUGGCUGAAUUGCCUGAACAAGGACAUCGACGGUCGGACUGCGACUAAAGCCUUUAACCUUCCACAGGCUUGAUCAGGAGCUGAUGACAAGAUGUUGCUGAAGAUGCCCCAGAAGUUGCUUAAGACUGCCCACUACAUAGAGCUGGGCAGCUACCAGCGCUGGCCGGUGCUGAUACCCCAGAGGAUCAGACUGUACACCUACGAACAAAUCCCCCUCUUUCUCAAAGAAAACCCCUACAUCACAGACGGCUACAGGGCCCACCUGCCCUCCAAACUCUGCCUGAGGAGUAUUUUCAUGCUGUCCAAUGAAACUGUGAAUAUCUGGAGCCACCUUCUGGGUUUCCUACUCUUCUUCACUCUGGGGGUCAACGACCUCUCCUCAGUACUGCCAGCCUCUGGAGCCAAAAGAGAGGACUACGUCAUCUACGGUAUAGGGCUGUUCUGCUUCCAGGUGUGCAUGUUGUGUUCUGUGGGGUACCACCUGUUCUCGUGCCACCGAUCAGAGAAGACCUCCCGUCGCUGGCUCGCGUUGGACUACGCAGGCAUCUCUGUCGGCAUCCUGGGCUGUUAUGUACCCGGGAUCUUCUACGCUUUCUACUGUAACGCCUUUUGGCGACAGGUCUACCUGAUGACGGUGCUGUCCAUGAUCCUGGCCGUCUUCUGCGCUCAGGUCCACCCUCGUUACCUCAGCAACGACUGGCGACGGAUACGGAUGGCGAUCUUCUGCUGUGUGGCCGGCAUCAGUGUGAUUCCUGCGUGUCACUGGGUCUGGCUCAACGGAGGAACCACCACUGACGUUGUACAGCUCUUCCUGCCUCGUGUGAUGGUGAUGUACCUGAUAGCUGGAUUUGCCUUCCUGUUCUACGUCACCAAGAUCCCUGAACGCUAUUUCCCUGGCCAGUUGAACUACCUGGGCGCCAGCCACCAGGUGUGGCACAUACUGGUGGUGGUGAUGUUUUACUGGUGGCAUCAGACAGCUGAACACAUCAUGCACUUCAGGCACAGCCAGACCUGCCCGACCCGGACCAGCAGCAGCUAAGUCGAACUGAUCAAAUAAUGUGACGGAAAGGCAAUCGGUUGCAGGCUAACAGCUGUAAUUGUUAGUAGACAUCAGUUAAACUCAUUAUGUUAAUAUUCAAACACUUCUUACCAGUUAGCUGCUGGUUAGAAGUUGCUGCCUAAAUAUUUUUCAACCACUAACUACGAGAAGCUCCUGACUACUAGCUGCUGAGGUGUAAAACGGAGACUGUGAUGGUAGCUAGUAGCUUUCACUGAGCCGUUGGUUACUGUUUGGCUGCCGUUAAAGGCCAGUAUAUAAGUCUACUGUCUCCAACAGUAGAUAUCAGCUAAGUCUGGCUGGAUGCGACUGUAAAUCUUAACCACCAUAACCAUUAAGAGCGAUGCAUGAAGCAGGAAUUUAAAGUCAUUUGUAGACAGACUAAGGUUUGGUGUUUUUAAUUGGUGAUCAUUUUAUCUCAUGAUUGUGAUUUUUCUUUGUACAGAAGUAUUGAAAAAAGUAUCUAUAAGGAUUCUUUUGAAUCAAACAUAAUCUAUGUGAACAAAGACUGUUUUUGCAUCUAAUUUAGUUUUUUUGUGUGUCAGUUCCUACAAGAUUAGAGUGUAUGAAAUGUGGAAAGCACAGAACAAAAAUGUGACAGCUGGAAAUUCAACAUGUGAACUACCUGCCUCUGGUAGAAAUAAUGAUGCCUCAAGCAUUUGAAGCUAUCGAACAAAUAGUUGAAAGUCAAUCAACGGUCAGUCUGCAAUAUGGGAGCCAUAUUUAGGCCACGGUGCAUUGUUUUCUUCGCACUGCUUGAUUUUUUUUUUUUUUUUUUGUAUGUACUGUUUUGUGUAUGGACACAAAUAAGAUGCCAGUUAAAAAAGAAAAUGAAUAUCCCUCUACAUUGGCCAAAGCCAGUAUGUUAGUUAUUUUUUAUAUCCGCCUCAAUCCCAGAGCAACAGAGUUAAUCAACAUGUUGUACAAUGACCUCCUUUGCUAUAAUCGUCAUUAUGAGAGCAUUGGAUUUAAUCUUUUCACUAAAACAGGAUGUGUUAUCACAAGGCAAGUGAUGAAAUAAGCCUUGAUUAUCUCCACCGCACAUCAGUCUCCUGACACCAUGUGGAGUCACCAAUGUGUUGAGUUUUCCUAAUUUGCCCACUCCACUCCUUUCACCUGUAGAAAAGAAGUGUAUACACAAUUAUAUAAAGGGGUUAUUAACUUAAAUUUGAUGAAAAAUACAAUUCUGGCCAGUAGACUUAAUUGACUGAGAUUUCCAAUGAGUCCGUACCAUAUAGACGAAUCUGGGGAAAUACCGGAAGUAACCAAGUCACCAUUACUGCGGUGGCAUUUCCCGCCAAUACGCGCACAUUUGAAUGCAAGCUGUCCUAAGAAGUGUACAAUUUUCUACUUUUGCCUUUACUUUCUGUGUAAUGUUACUUUUGGCAACGAUGUCUAGGAGUUCGGGAAGAACCUGAGCCGUUCUCAGCUGCCUAACAUUAGCCUGACAUGGUGAAACAAGUAACGUCAGCUAAUUUAACACUGCUUAGCUAGCGUAGCUAACGUUAGGCUGACAUGGUGAAACAAGUAACGUCAGCUAAGUAACACUGCUUAGCUAACGUAGCUAACGUUAGGCUGACACGGUGAAACAAGUAACGCCAGCUAAGUUAACACUCAUUAGCUAGCAUAAGCUAACGACGUUAGUGGGCUGAGACACUGUCUAGGGGCUGUGGUGGUCCCACAGAAUAAUUUAACUCAAAUCAACUAACUGUGGCGUUAUUGUGGAAUAUUAAACUUAGUUGUUCUAACCAGGGCAACAUAAUGACCACAAAGUAAACAUUGUUAAUCAGUCGGCAUCACAAACAGAACUCGUACAAAGAUUGUCAGCCGAAUGCGUCGUGGUCGCUCAUAGUAACCGCCGUUGUUGAAAACAUGAACAGAGCAUGUACGUGUCCUUGUAAAAGCCUACAAUUUGACUUUAAUACAUUUUAAAUACAUAGCCUACUCAUCUGUGUUUAUUAUCUACGCCGAACACAAGCAACGACGGACGCUUUUGGCUCAAAGUCACCAGUUAACGCGGUUAGCACACAGUAGAGUCACUUCGACUUCCCACCGCAGUAAUGGCGGCGCCGCUAGAUUGUGGGCAACACACAAAGCGCUCGCCGAAUUUCGUCUAUUGAUAGUUCAUCCAAAUUGCAAC